AACGUGGCAGUCAUUAUACACAAACAUGGCAGCCAGAUAAGAACGUAAAGUUCAUUUUCGCGUGUGUAUGUUGAAAAAAACAAAACAAAUUUAACCCACAUAUAUUUGUCUUUGAUAAAAAGCGAUUUGCAAUUUAGUUGCAAGUAACUUUAAAGGGAACUGAGAAUGGCUGCGUGGGCUGGAUUUUCAGAAGAAGAACUGCAAAGAUUGAAACACAACGGCGACCUCAUAAACCAGGCUGUGUCUGUCACAUUGGGUCGUGGCCGGAGAGCCGCUCCGACUAACCGGAGCAGACUGCAGCGGGAAAGGGCACUGCAGCUGGCAGCCAAACAGAAAGAGGGCAGCCACUCUCUUCCACCCGACCAACAGCUUACCAAGCCCCCAGACCUACCUGCUGUCACUCUUUUUGCUCCUGUCAAAUCACAGGACGAGUCCAACCCGUUGGAGACGCAACUGGUUAAACAUGAAGCAGAACCUGUUAAGCAUGACCCAGAAUCACCUGCAGAGUCUGCACCACCAGCAGUCAUCAAGGAGCUGGGCAAAGAGGAAGUGGAAUUGCGAGAGAAGAACCGUCUGCAGCAGUUGCAGUGGGAGCAACGGAUAAUGGAAGAGAAGAAUAAAGAAAGAAAAGCUCUCCUUACAAAAACCAUUGCUGAAAAGUCCAAACAGACACGGGCUGAAACUGUGAGACUGAAGAAGAUCCAGAGAGAACUUCAGUUACUGGAUGAUUCUGUGUCCAGCGACAUUGGCAUUCUCAGAAAACUGAUAGAGCAAUCCAGCAUGGAUUAUUCCCAGGCAUGGAAGCGCUUUGAGAAAGCAGAGGCUGAGUAUGUUGCCGCUAAGAUGGACUUGCACAGGAAAACGGAAGUGAAAGAGCAGCUGACAGAGCACCUGUGUGCGAUCAUCCAACAGAAUGAGCUGUGCAAGGCCCGCAAACUAGAGGAGUUGAUGCUUCAGCUAGAGCUUAAUGCUGAGGAAGUCCCCAGCCCAGAGGAAACCGAUCUAGAGGACAAAGAGAAGGAGGCCAACUCCCAGCCUGUUACUGAAAACGGUCCUGCAGCAGACACGGAGGGGUGUACAGAGGUGGACGGCUCAAGUAUGAGCAAAUACAGUUCCAUUACAGAACCAAAGAUCAGCCAAGACGAUCAGGAGAGCAAAGCAACAGAUGUUUCUGCAGAUGGGCUAAGCUAGCUUCCAAACAUCAUCAGUUUAAUAGAGGCUGUAUGACGGUUUACAUAACACUUGCUACCAGCUUUAGAAAUUGUGAGUGUCGAACAAUCCAACAGUCCUGCAUUUUGUGAGGAUAAAAGACAGCCUCCGUCUGAUAUUGAUGUCAGUUAAGUUUCCAAAUACUGUGAGGGUUAUUCCAUUGCUGCUAACAUUAAAAAUGGCUUAACAUUAUGGGAGUUCAAUAUUGAUUAUGAUCUGUUAAGCUUGGUUUUUGGUUUUCAUUGAGAGUGCUACAUGAUCCUAAUGUGGCAAGUUAAAACAGUGCUAUGUAUUUUAUUGUGGUUUCUUUGGCUGUCAGUCAUUUGUACAAUUUAAUCUGUCUUCCAUUAAGUAAAUGGACUACAAGUCUCUUGAAAACACUAUAAAAAUACUAAAUACUGUUAACUUUACUGAUUGUUCCAUAACUUUGGCAUUAUUCAAAAUUGGUGGUGGUUUGUAGUUGUGAUUUAUUUCACAUGAUGUUGCACAAGUGAAUGGUGGAAUCUUUUAUCUAUAUAUGGCUUGUCUCAUAAAAAUAACUUGAUGCGAAUGUUAACAAAUCAAUAACAGCAGAUUUGAUCAUACAAAGCUGACUGUUUGCUCGGCACAGAGCCAUUCUUUUUGUACUAUAGGGGAAAAAAACUAUUGGAGUGUGGGAAGUGGAAUGCCUUUUUUAUAUAUAUAUACAUAUGCUGUAUGUAUAUAAUUUAUACUUUUCUAAUACAACUCUGAUUCACUAUGCAGAGCUUU